CAUAGUAUAUAUUUUUUUACAUCAACUCUUCAUUGAAAGGAAAAAUUGGUUGGAUAUUUAACUUUUUAUUUAUUUAUAAGCUAUAGCCUAGACGUGUUGUGUUUUUCAGGCACACCCUGCAGUUUAUAGCCUAAAUAGUAUGGCUGUAUAGGCCUAUUGGAAUUAUUAUUUGUGGAAAUAUAAAUUAAAACUCCUUUGAAGUAUUACAGCGAUUCACCUACAAAGGCAAAUCAUCAGUGACAAGCUUUCGGGUUACUGGCCUAACGAUUUUAACGCUCUACCACCCUGCAUUUGAGUAGGACUAUGCAACCGAGCUUUUUCCCGACAGAGGGAGCUGUUCUCAAACCUUUAGUCAAACCCCAUGGAAGGAGCUGAUUAACAACUUGUAUCACAAUGACCGUUGGAACAAUUGUUUUAAACCUGUUUGAAAAUGUGAAAACGCAUCUAGAUCUAUAUGUAACCACGAAAUUAAAAACAUGUGCGUGCGUGCAUGCAUGAAACAUGUAGCCAAAAGAUAGGCAUUUUAUGUGGUUGUAGUUUCGAUGGUGUGGGCCUAUAAUUUCUACAUUUUGAAGUCUAAUAAGCUUUUAUUUUGUAUGCUUUACAGUAAAUAUAGUUUGUGUGUCCUACUUAUGUAGGCCUAUGCGAUGAUGCAAUUUAUAGCCUAAGUGUUGAACAUUAAAUAAAUCAAACUUAACCAACAUUUAAUUGUGUAGAAUGUAAAUCGAAUUAAAAUGAAAAACGAUGAAGAGGAAGACUUAGAGAUAAACUAUAGUCAACUACUUUGUUUGUUGAAAACAGUAACAUUUUGGUUUGGAAAAUAUCAAUAUAAAUGUGUGUCUUUAAAAAUCAUUAAUUAUGAGGAACCACGAUCUUGUUCUGAAAAUGCGAAACCAUUUUUUUCACUGAACUGGACUGCUUCUCCUGCGCGCAUUUGAGGCAUAGCCUACAAUGACUGAGCGUCAGUUUUGCACGUUCUGAACCCUUUGUUUGUAUUAUAUGCACUGUUCAUUACAAGAACUACAAGCAAUUUCCCCACUAAAGCCAAACGCUACAUGCAGUAAUUCUUUGACGUCACUUGGAGGGCUCCCUGUCUUCUACUGUGGCUCAGAGGACUAGCAGGAGCUACCAGCGCAGUGUAGAGAGAUUCAGAGAGAGCGCAUUAAGAUAAAUGAAUGAUUCUGUGCGUGCGUGAUGGACAUUUAAACAUUCACUCAUCUGAAAUCGCAAAUUGAUAAUGGGGAAUUCAUAUGCAGGGCAGCUGAAAUCUGCUCGCUUCGAAGAGGCCCUCCACAACUCUAUCAAGGCCUCCCUACGCUCCAGCAGUGGAGACCCACAGCCCAUCUUCACUCAGCUAUACCUGGAGCCGGUCCAUUAUCCUGGCAACAUGGAGGAUAUAAAGCCCAAGGUGGACCUGUACCUGCCGUGCGGGAAGCCUCCAGGUCAGGAUCAGCUGAUCGACCAGGCCUCUAACGGUCUGCAGGAGAUGGAGGUGGACGGCAACUCUGACACCAGCAGCCCCCCGCCACCCUACCUACAUGGUCCCUCGCCAGACAGCUGCUGCACCAUGGACGGUUUCUGUCAGGCCGGUAGGGACCUCCGUCUGGUCUCCAUGUUGACAGAGCCAAUCCAAGUCCCAGCUGGCUUUGAGUUAGUCGGUGCCAAGUCCCCCAGCAUCCCAGAACACAUACUGGUGUGUGCUGUGGAUCGACGCUUUCUGCCUGAUGAGAAUGGGAAAAAUGCACUUUUAGGGUUUUCAGGGAACUGUGUUGGCUGUGGAGAGAAGGGGUUCCGGUACUUUACUGAGUUCUCCAACCACAUCAACCUGAAGCUGGCCACGCAGCCCAAGAAGCAGAAGCACUUAAAAUACUACCUGGUGAAGAACUGUCAGGAUGCUCUGUGCAAAGGACCCCUCAUCUGCUGGAAAGACUGUAAGACACGUCAGUUCUACAUUAGCAGUGCAUCCACCUCCAAGCCCAACUCCUCAUCCUCCCUGAGCAUCAAGGAGAAUGGAGGUACCAACAGACACAGCCGUUCCCCCUUCUCCCUGUCAGACUCCCCAUCUACCAGAAUUCCCUCUGCAUCCUCUGUGUUCCUCUCAGCCCAGGACCUGGCCCAAGAGUGCAGCUUCCUCAAGCCUUUGGCCUCUACCCCUGGGACAGAGACUCUACCAAUAGUUCUGAGAGUGAACAGUCCGACUAGCGGACUAGGUGCAGAGGGCCGCCCCCCCUUACUGAGUCUCUCCCAGGUGUCUCUGGGAACCCAAGGACAGGGGCACAGAACCUCGGACCCAGGAGACAGCCCUGGCUCUGUACUGGCCAUGCCUACUACUCAGGCACCUGUAGCAGGGGUCCUUCAGCCCCAACCUGUCACUGCCAGAAAGACUGUCAUCGUCCCCAACAACCUGCUCAACACCUCAGGAGUCCGUCCCGUCAUCCUCAUCGGGCACGGUACGUUGCCAUACUUCUACGGGAACAUGGGGGACAUUGUGGUGAGCCCCCUGCUAGUGAGCUGCUAUAAGGGCAACAAGCUGACUGAGAAGACCUUGUCCAGUUAUGGACUGAACAGUAGCCAACUGCUCAGUGUGGAAACCGUAAUCCUCCUCACCCUGCAGUACCUUGCAAGGCUAGGUUCGGAGCAGAUCCCUCUGAGGGAGGUGUUUGAGCAGAUUGUGCUGAAGGCCAUGUUGAUUUGUCCUGGAGGUCCCUCCAUCUCCCCGGCCCAGCUUCCCUGGCUAGCCCGCCUGGAGGCCAGCGUCUCUGGGGGCAGGGUUCAGGUCCUAGUCACCCAAAACUCCCUGGGGGAGGGCAUCUCCGAGUCCCUGCGCUCACUCUGCAGUGGGCCGCCCCACCAACAGUGCCUGCCCACCUACGUGGUUAUUGUUUUUGCCUCCAAGAUGAGCGGCAACGAGUUCUGUGUGCUCGUCCUGGGGAAGUACCAGGCGAGAGCACUAGCUGAGGGAAUGCUCACCACCAAUGAGUUCCUGAAGGAGAUCAGCUACGAGCUCAUAACAGGAAAAGUCAGUGUCCUGGAGUCUAACUUCAAAACCACAUCACUAGGGGACAACCUGGACAAGCAGCUGCUACACAUCCAGCGGCAACUGAAGGGCCAGGUCAUCCAGCCAUUCCAGAGCGAUGUCACCAACCACAUCCCGUCCCAGGAGGCAGCCACCAUGGUACCUCCCUCCGAGUCAGAGCUGCUGAGUGACAUGUUUCAGAUCCACUCUCCCCAGCUGAGUGUAGCCAGGAGCCUGCUCUCCCUGGUGUGUUCCAUAGCAAACUCAGGCAGCCAGAGUCUGGACCUGGGCCGCUUCUGCAAGGUGGACUUCCUGGUUCUGGUUCCUCCGUCUCACAUCCUGGUGAACCAGACCGCUCAUCGCAUCCAACAAUCAGGAGUGCUAGUGGACCUGGGUAUAGAGGAUGCUUCCUCAGCCCACCAGAGGUCAGACCAGUAUGUGGUGCGUCUAGACGGAGACUUCCACGCCAAGAUGGAGGCCUUCAUGAGGAAAGUCAAACAGAACCCCUACACCCUGUUCGUGCUCAUCCACGACAACUCCCACGUGGACCUGACCAGUGCCCGGUCCGGCUUGGUGUGCCACGGGGAGCUUCAGGGUAUAGCUGACAGGGUGGUAAACUGCCAGGAGGUCCUGGAGGCCUUGAACCUGCUGGUGCUGCAGGUCAGCUGCUUCCCCUUCGCCCUGCAGACAAGACAGUCCCGUAUCAGCGUUCACAACGAGGUGCACUGGCCAGCCAACACAGACAGCCUGGGGGAGGUCUCUCCUAAGGAGCUGGUGUACUUUGGCCUGAGGGACUACAGCAGCUCUCUGCGUUGGGGGGUGGCCAGCCCCAUCCUGCGCUGUGAUGACGCCUUCGAGAAGAUGGUCAACACGCUGCUGGAGAGACAUCCCCACCUACACAGCAUGGUGAUCAGGAGCUACCUGUUGAUCCAGCAGUACACGGAAGCCAUGAUGGCUCUGACUUCCUCUCCUUCCCUACGGGACCACAUCACCCCCGAGACCCUGGCCAUGGUGGAGGAUCUGAUCAGUGCUCCGGGCCGGGAGGGGACCAGGGGACGGGGCCACAUGCUGCUGGUCCGGGUGCCCUCUCUGCAGCUAGCCAUGCUGGCCCAGGAGCGCCUGGAGGACGUCAGGGACAAGCUGGGUCUCCAGUUCUGCUUCGCCAUACUGCUGGGGAGCCCUGCCGCCGAGCUCAGCCUUCCACGACACUUCGCUAACCGACUCAGGGCCUGGCAGGGAUGUGAAAAUGAGGACUGGAUCCCUCAAACCUUUGAGGAUCUGGAGGGUCUUCCCUGCGUCGUCAUCCUCACUGGAAAAGACCCUCUGGGAGAGACCUUCCCAAGGUCCCUGAAGUACUGUGAUUUGCGUCUGAUCGACUCCAGCUACCUGACACGUACGGCCCUGGAGCAAGAGGUAGGUCUAGCCUGCUCCUACGUGUCCCUGGGGAUGGUGCAGGAGCCCCGCAAGGCAAUGGCCCCCAGGGACCAAGAGACAGACAAAACCAGCGGUCCCCAGGGCCCAGACCUUCACGUUGACCUGGAGAAGUCCCAGAGCAAUGUCAGCACUGCUACUAAAGCCUCAGGCUCUCUGGCAGAGAACGGGGUCAGCUCUUCUGACAUCCCUGACUCCUCCCAGAAGCCCUCCACCUUCUCCUGCCCCCCCGGAGGCAAGACAGGCAGCAUCAUGAUGGACUACAGGACAGUUCCGAGCACUACCUCAUCCUCCCCCUGCCGGGGCAAACAGGAGUGUGACUCCCUGGGUAAUACCGCCCCCUGCCCCUCCAACACCCCUCCCUCCUGCUCCUCCUCUUCCUCCUCCCUCUCCUCCUCCUCUACCCAACGCCCCAGCCAGUCCACGCAGUGUGGCGGGGGCAGCAAGUCCUCUCUAGUGUCUCCGCGGACUGUCAUCCUGUCCCACGCAGCCUACAACCUCCUGGCUCCAGAAUCAGGGAGCCAGCUGAGCUCCUUCUCCCUGCUGCCUCACGCUGAUGUGGGCUGGAGCAGCCUGCUGAGGCCCCUCUUCAGACCUAACCUCCAGGGGGCAGAGCAGAGCCUCUUCUACAGACAGUGGACCGUAGCCGGGCAGCACCAUGCCAACCACGAGGCUCCCCCAGUGCCACACGCACGACGCCUGCUGCUCAGUGGACCCCCACAGGUGGGGAAGACCGGUGCCUACCUGCAGUUUCUACGCAUCCUGUUCCGCAUGUUGAUUAGACUGCUGGAAGUGGAUGUGUACGAUGAAGAGGAGCUGGAGGAAACGAUCACAGACAUGUCUGAGGCCACACCCCCAGCCAGGACCCAGUGGCCAGACAUCGAGGAGAUCCGCAAACUACCCUUUGACCUCUUCCCUAGAGACCCUAAGUUCAGAAGUGCCAGUUCCGUUUACACUGACAAGAUGCCAAAGGGCUUGAAAGAUCCUAAACUGGAAGGAGAGAGCCAAAGGCCUGUAAAGAGGGAAACUGUAUCGAUUCGGCUGAGUAUGUUCGCGGCCCACAAUGCAUUUCACCAUUGUGAGCAGUGUCACCAUUAUUGUGAAGGAAGCCCUGCCACACAGCUGUCGGAGUGUACCUUCCACGCCUUCACAUUCUGCUCAUCCAUGCUGGGAGAGGAGGUGCAGCUCCACUUCAUCAUCCCCAAGGCCAAGGAGCAGCACUUUGUCUUCAGCCAGCACGGCAGGCACCUGGAGAGCAUGAGGCUGCCCCUCGUCUCUGCGCAGGACCCCAGUCUGUUGAAGAGCCCCAUCUUCACCCCGACCACGGGGCGUCAGGAGCACGGCCUUUUCAACAUUUUCCACGCCAUGGAGGGCACCGCCCACCUCCACAUCCUGGUGGUCAAGGAGUACGAGAUGCAACACUACAGGAAAAAAUGGCCCAACCACAUCCUGCUGGUGCUGCCAGCCAUGUUGAACAGCGCCGGAGUCGGCGCAGCUCGGUUCAUGAUCAAGGAGCUGUCAUACCACAACCUGGAGCUGGAGAGGAACCGUCUGGAAGAGCAGGGGGUCAAGAGGCAGGACAUCUGGCCCUUCAUAGUCAUGAUGAACGACUCCUGUGUGCUCUGGAACGCACACCAGCCCCAGUACAGCAGCAGUGAUAUGGCAGACACAGGGCCCAGUCUGACCAACGUGUCUUUGAAGACGGUGCUGCAGCACAUUGAGGCUACUCCCAAGAUCUUCCUGUAUACCAUGUGUGGCACCCGCAAGUGGAGCAGUGCCCUGGCCCGCCGCCUGCCUGCCAUGCCCUUCUCCCGAUGCCACCUCCAUGACUUUGUCAUGCUCAAUGUGGACCUGACACAGAACGUACAGUACGACCUCAACAGGUACAGCUGUGAGGAGGUGGACUUCAACCUGAGAGCCAACAGCAGUGGUCUGCUGCUCUGUCGUUUCAACCACUUCAGCCUGAUGAACAAACACAUCCCCUUUGGAGGACACAAGGACUUCCUGGUCAAACCCAAAUUCACAGUGAUGGAGAAUCCAGCCCCCAUCAGCCCGUACCAGUAUGUCUGUGCCCCAGACAGUGAUCACACCCUCCUGGCUGCCCCGGCUCAGUUCCUCCUAGAGAAGUUCCUCCAAAGCUGCAGCCACAGACUGUUCCCCAAGGCAGUACAGAACAACAGCAACCCUGUGCUGUCCAUAGACAGUUUCCUCAACAUAGGCCCUGAGGUGUCAGUAUGCUACGUCAGCUCCAGGCCACACUCCUCUAACCUGGACCACCAGGGUCUGGUCUUCAGCGGCCUGCUGCUCUACCUGUGUGACUCCUUCGUUGUCUCUGGCCUCCUCAAGAAGUUUCACUUCAUUAAAGGUGCCACAUUGUGUGUGAUCUGCAGGGACCGUAACUCUCUGCGUCAGACCAUCAUGCGGCUGGAGUUGGAGGACGAGUGGCAGUUCCGCCUGAGGGAUGAGUUCCAGACGGCCAACUGCAGCGAGGACCGGCCCCUCUACUUUCUCACCGGACGCCAUGUUUAACCCUGAGACUGAUGCCAGACCUGCCCAGGUGGCCUCAUGUUCCAUAGACCCUAACCAGGCAGAAGGAUAACCACCAACCACUGAUCUCAGACCAGUUAACAAUCACAAUUAUUCUCUGUCUGUCAGAGGAUCAGAGAGAUGUAUUGGGGCACACCCAGGCCCCAAGUGCCCUGUAUGGACACGUGGUCAUCAUCAAUGUGGAUGUAACUUCUCCUAUACGCUCCUCUACCACGCUGCACUAUGUUCGGAUGAGCCUAACAUUGUUCAGCCAAAGACUCUUAACUGAGGCUUGUGUUGGAGUCUGUCCCUGAUCUGAGCCUGUUUGAAAAUCAAAGACUUUGCUGUACAAAAAUCAGCGUUAUAAUUAAUGACAUUUUUUAUUUGUUGAUGUAUUUUCUUUCUGCAAAAGAUACUCUCAUCAUCGAUAACGGGACUUAAAAGGUUGUAAAAACUCAAAGAUUGUAAACAUGGAUCUGUGACGAACGCAGUUCUUGUUGGUAUGUCUUGUCGUAGACGUACGCUUUAUCUCAGGGUUUUUAAAGUGAGAGGCAACAACGAGUAUUCCGUCACUAGCUACUGUUCUUCUUUUCCGCCCUCAGUGUCGAUUGUUGUUACUUAUUACCCGUUAUAAACUGGGUGGUUCAAGCCCUGAAUGCUGA